GUGGGAAGUGAAUCCUUUCUACUGUGACACAGUGAAACAACAGUAUCCAUACAACUCAGGAAACAGGCUCCUCAACAUCAUCGACAUGUCCAUCUUCGACUUCCUCACAAGCAACAUGGACAGACACCAUUAUGAGAUUUUUACUAAAUUUGGGGACGAUGGGUUCCUUCUCCACUUGGACAAUGCACGAGGGUUUGGGAAACACUCUCAAGAUGAGAUGUCCAUCCUGGCUCCACUAUCCCAGUGCUGCAUGAUAAAACGCUCCACUCUGGUGCGUCUGCAGCUCCUGGCCCGACCAGAGUUCAGACUGAGCGAUGUGAUGAGGGAGUCUCUGAAGGGAGACUCUCUACAGCCCGUCCUAACGGAGCCUCACCUCUCAGCGCUGGACCGCCGGCUACAGAAGGUCCUCCGAGCGGUCCAACGCUGCGUCAGGAGGCUGGGCGAGGAGGACGUGAUCACCAAGGACUUUGUUAAAUCCACAGCGACACCUCAGAUCAACACAGAGAUGAAGAAGGACAGGUAGCACAGGACGAAAUGGUCCUCUUCAUAGCUGUUUCUGUGCAGAAGACUUCAUGAUGAAGCGAAGCAAGAAAAACAAGGCUCAGAUGGUUUCGAUUUAAGAAACAAGCCAUAAAUGGAAGACGGGUUAAAAUCUUCUGAGCUUGUCAGAGAAGGAUCUCGUUGAGGAGGUUCAGACCGUGAAUCACUGCAGGCCUCAAAUUCCUAUCACAGAGGGAGUUGUGCAUUUUAUUUCCUUUUGCAUCUUUAAUGGUCAUAAAUUCCCCCAAGGGUGCAUUUUAUGACUGACUUUUUGUUAUGUCCACGAACACGACGUCAGGUACAUCAAGAUUGAAAUCCAGAUGGCUGUGGGAUCAAGCACGGCGGUUUUAAAAAGGGCUUCAAUGAAGAUAUGUUUAGCCCUUAAGCCUUUGAGUGUCUGUAUUUUGACUACACCGUUUAUUCAACACUUAUUAUAAGAGGUUGAGCUUUAGGAAGCAAAAACUUGCAGCCUUGCCAACAUGUAUGCUAAAUGCAUUGAACAUAUAAUAUUAAAAAGCCCAAAAGUGCACCCUUAAAAACCAAUGUUAAAAACCAAAAAGAAGCAUCAGGGAAUGGAGUUUAUUUAUUAAAUGAAUUAAGCUAAAGUAUAAGAGUCCUACCACGCAUCAAAUUCAGCAGUGGAGUUACUAUUAAUAAAAGAGAGCUACGAUGCACUGGAUCAGUUGUUUGCCAAAUUAAUGCUGGUGAAUAUGUUGGUUUAGAGAGAAACGUGUGGGUGUCUUUGUGUUGUUCUAAUUUUUAAAUAAAGUUAUUUUGAAGAGAAAUGA